AUGCAUUUUCAGCUUGUUAAGGUUAGCUUGAUCACACCAAUUGGAAUACAGUCCAUGAAGCUGAUGGUUUUCAGUGAAGAUCUACACGCCAGUCUAUAUUUUGUCAAUGCAUCUCUGCAAGAGGUAGUGUUUGCUAGCACCACAGGGACAUUGGUACCCUGUCCAGCAGCAGGGAUCCCCCCGGUGACGCUCAGAUGGUACCUAGCAACGGGCGAGGAGAUCUACGAUGUCCCAGGGAUCCGCCACGUCCACCCCAAUGGCACUCUCCAAAUUUUCCCCUUCCCUCCUUCAAGCUUUAAUAACUUAAUCCAUGAUAACACUUACUAUUGCACAGCUGAAAAUCCUUCAGGGAAAAUCAGAAGUCAGGAUGUUCACAUUAAGGCCGUUUUACGGGAACCCUAUACAGUCCGUGUGGAGGACCAGAAAGCCAUGAGAGGCAAUGUAGCAGUGUUCAAGUGCAUUAUCCCCUCCUCUGUGGAGGCAUACAUCACUGUUGUCUCAUGGGAGAAAGACACAGUCUCGCUUGUCUCAGGUAGGCUCUUAGGAUUUUCUUUGUCAAUUGGCAAUGGCAGAUGUGGUUGCUGUCUUUUCCCCAAAAUACCUGCUGUUUACUUUGAGUCAGUUAUAGACUCGUAUGUCACCCUUUCAGUAACAUAUUUCAUAUUAGUGUUGCUGCAUCCUUAUGACUGUAUGUGACAUGAAGGUUUUAGACAGCUUGGCUUUUUCUAACAUGCUUGAGGGGAUACUAACAUGGUUUUUGUUUUAUACUAGAUAUAAAAUCAGCUUCCUGGUUGCUGUGACAAUGGGCUUGUGUUUUAACUUUGAUAGGAAACCCUUACAUGCCAAAUAAAUUUGAGUGUCAUAAAGCAUGUGUUGAGUUGUAGUUGUUUUUCAGUAAUAGUGUUACUCAGGGAUUAGAAGAAAUUCUGAGUCUAAAUUUUGUUUGGUUAUCUUUAAAUGUGCUGCGUAACUGGUAUUCAUGCCUUCAUGAUAUUUUUUUCUCAAAUACCUUCAUUGGUAACUCUAGAGGCUUAAGCACACUGUGAGCAGUUCUGCAAGGCAAAAAUAUUCAAGUACAACAAUAAAUUCUAAAAGUUACAUGCAUCAAUUACCAAUGUGAGGUAAUGCUCAAGAAGUAUAGGGAUUUCAUGCAAAGAAUAUCCAACAUUAUAAAGCUUAAACAUUUUAAGAAAUUCAUAGGAGGCUGUAUAUAUGCAUAAAAGUAUUUUCACUGUGGUACAUAUCCAAAUUAUAUAUUAUACUCAGCAUUUUUGUUGUUACUCAUACAAAUGAUUUAAAUGCAGAAAGUUGAAGUAUAUUUUUUCAGGGCAAUGAAGAAUGGAAAAAGUAGUUUAAAUUGAAUGUUGCUGCAGAGUGUGCUUAAGAAUGUGUUUGUGUUUAUGAUCCAACAAUAUUUAGAAACCUUUUUG